UAAAAAUGAUCUAAUCUGAAAAGAAUUCAUACGAUACCAGCGACAAUGGCACAUACUAGGAAAAGGCACCGAUAAGAGCAACUACUUGAAGAAGCAGGUCAUCGAGAUGCCAUAGGUACCUAGGUAGGUGCUUAGAUGCUAAGCGAAACGGCUGAGUGCCGAAUCACACCAACUGCCGAAACUACGGCAUGAUGAUACACCUCCAGUGCUGUCCAAUUGGAGCUUCAAUUGCAUCAGUCUGCUCCAUCAACAAUGCCCAUGCUCUUGUAGUAUGUGCAUUUCGACGCAACGCAUUGCUGCUAAUCUAUCUUGACAAAAGCUACUUUGAUCUCAAGCGUCAAUUUUCACAUGACGUUAUGCUAUGCCUGUCUGAAUCUCUACCUACAAUACCCAUUUUGCAGCCUCCCUAUAGCAACCGACGACUCCAUACCAUAUUGUAACUGGAUAGACCUGGAAUUAAGAAUAAUCACACCGUAAAAAAUAUCAAGGUAUCACUUA